CCCUCGCAUUAACGGAUAUUGAUUUCAGCACUGCAGGGAGAGGAACAGCCGGCCCGGGAGUGACAGACCGAACCCAGCACCGGGGACCAGGUCUCCAGUCCGGGUGGCAUGACAUGAUGUCUAACAAACUGGCUGUCAAGUGUGGGAACUUUGCUGUUCUGGUGGAUCUUCAUGUUUUGCCUCAAGGCACCAGUAAAGACUCCAGCUGGUUUUCUGACCAUGAGAAGGAGGAAGUUUGUUUGUUACUUAAAGACACAAUUGAUACCAGAGUGAAGCAUCACAUUGAAAGCCGAAGACAGCAGGGCCAAGUAAAACACAAGGAAUGUACACAGGCCAGUCCACUGUUUCUGAAAGGAACUCGUUUGCGGAUUGCAGCUUAUUUUAUUAAGAGAUGGGUUAACCUUCGCUGUGUCGUGAAACAUCAGUAUCGAGAACUGUAUGUGUUUCCGGACAGAAUUGUGGUCUGCGUAAGUCAACUUGAGCCUCAUUCCAACACGUGGGCAGCUGAGACCAUUAAACCUUCCAGUUUGAAAGAGUCCUCCAGCGGAAGGUCCGAAUAUUUUGCUGAGCGCAGUGAAUGUCAAAUAAACAACAUAUUAUCCGUCAUGCUGAAGAAGCAAGCUGUGCUGAAAAACAUAGUAAAGAAGACAAAAGCAACGAAAGAUUCCAGUCUCGAAUCCGGUAGGGACUGUAAAGCGUGCCCUCGCCUUGGGCUAGCGGACUCUGACAAAGGAAGCAAGAUUAAUACACAAUCUGAACCACAGUGUAGGAGUCUGGAUCAAGCAGAAGAUUGCGUAAAUACCAGGCAGGACAACUUGGAGCUUCCUGAUGCUAAAGUGGAAAAUGAUGUUAAUAGCAGACAGCCCUGCAGGACUAGCAGCCAGCACAAACCCCAAUCUGCAGAGUGGUUACAGGCACAGGACCCGACCAAUGCUCUUUCCUGGAUCUGUGAGUCAGCGCUGCCAGUAGAAAAACAAACUCCGCGAACAAGUAUUAUGCAACAGAAGAGGAGACGACACAGCUCAGAAGGGAACUCUACAUUCAGCUGUAAGAAAGCAGACUUAAGGGAUGAUACAUUCAUAAGGCCAACUGAAAAGCCGGUAGAGCCUUUAUCUUCAAGGAGCCUUAACCUGCAGACCUCCUCCGCAGGUGAUCCAGGAGCAUCAGUGGAACAGACAGCAGUCCCAGUUAAACAUUAUGCUGUCUCUGGUGACAACAAGUCAUUAAACAGCACACGUGAAGAGAAGAACCAUGACAAAGGCAGAAAACCUUCAGAUGGCCAGACUAGAAAAUUAAAACUUCAGAGGCCAAAAAAGUUGCAUUGAUUGUGUUUUACAUUCAUGAGUGGAACUUUAUAGUGGUUCUGUACUUAGAAAAUUGAGUCCUGGUGGCUCCAGCUAUAAAAAAAAAAAAGCCACCGGUGCUGGUUCCACCUCGUAUUACCUAUGUUAUAGAAUGGGAGCAAAAGUACUGUAUGUUAGAGAGUUGCACCCUGUCCUAGUUAUCCUCUUAAUUAUCACAGCAAGGCAGUCAUCGACAUCAAUGAGCAUUUCCCUUAAAGGCUAUAUCCACAUUUGCAACCAAUUUUUUAUUUUUAUGGUCCUAAGAAAUGAUUGAUUGAAACAAUUUUGUAGUGGAUCGUAAAGGGAAUCUGCCACCACAAGUUUGGACUAUUCUCUAUAGUGUUGAGGAAAGCGAGCUUCGGAUUUUUCAUCCGAAGUCGCUUCAUUCAAAAUGUCGGAAUAAUACUGUACAGAGAUCAGUCUCCGGACAGUAUUAAAAUGUAUGGGCUCUGAUGAGCCGAAGUUAGUCAUUUACGAGGUCGACUUCGCUAGUUGAUUUUUAAAGUGGAAAACCACUUUAAAACUUGAAACCGAACUCUGCUUUAGUUCCAAACCAAGGCCGAGAUCGGUUUCAAGUUUUAAAGUGGUUUUCCGCUUUAAACAUCAACUGUCAAAGUUAUUCAGCGAAGUCACUUGCGACUUUGCGAAUAACUAACUUCGGCUCAUCAUUAUAUUAUAAUACUGUACGGAGACUGAUCUCUGUACAGAAUCAUUCUGAAGUUUUUAACGAAGCGACUUAGGAUGAAGCAUCUCAAGCUCACGUUGCUCAACACUAAUUAUCUACUGUAAUACAUGAGAUGUACUGCAGACAAGGAGUCCAGAUUGCCAUUUUUAUUUUCUUACUGCCCCACAUUCCCACUCUGCCAGCACUCAAAGCUGUGCUAAAAUAUUCAGUCUGGACUGCUGUGCUGUUCUAACAUAAUGGAGAAGACUCCUGUACGCAUGCACAGCAGUCCGGACAGUGUAUUUCAGAGACGUUUUUAACCCUGACAAUGGGGGAACAGGGGCAGUAGGACAAUCAAAAAUAGUGAUCUGGACUCUUUAUCUGCACUAUUACUUAUGUAUUACUGCAGAUAAUAGUCCAAGAUUGUGGUGACGGAUUCCCUUUAAAACUCUCCUACUGUUUUUGCUUCUACUGCUCCCAUCUUAUAAUGCUAGUCAUAUCGCGUUUUCUUCCAUUUGUCCUUUCCUAUGUGCUAAUUUACAUUUUGGUAUGGUGGUUUAGUCAGACGUCGGAGACAGUUAGAAGGCAAUAUGACUUGAAGGAUCAAACUUGAUGGAUCUUGAAAUUUUAUGUUUUACCACAUAGUCACUGUAGAAACACAAUGGUUUAUUUAAGACCAAGUGGCUUCAAUGUAUUUGCACUGAAACAAUUCAAAAAUUGUUUGCAAAGGUGGACAUAGCUUUUAAAGUACUUGAGUUGUCCUCAGCAUCAGCGGCAGAUGAUCAGUGAGGUGAUGUUUUUUAUUUUUAUUUAGAAUCCAUUGCUUUAAAAAUAAAAUUCCCCUUUAAAAUCCCUCUUAGAGCUGUUCACAUGGAAUUUUUUGCCAGCUGAAUUUGCCGCAGAUUCCAUGCCAUAAAUCGUUAGACGGCCACACAGAGAUCGCCUCCCGUUGUUUUCAAUGAGAGGCCAAAUUCAGCAGAUAAAAACUUCACCGUGGUGGACCCCUUAGACUCGAGCAGGAUUAGCUGUCAUUAUUUUAGUCCCUGAUAGCCAAUGUCUGAUCGGUAGCUUCAUGAUUUUGAUUAUGUCCUACUUCUUUGUGAAUUACUGUUCCACCACAGCUGCAAAGUUUACCGGUGGUUUUGGAUAGUCAAACAUGGCGCGGUGCAUAACGCAUCCCUCUGCCUCAGUCUUACUGUAUAGUGCAUUUGAAGUUUAAUGUUUUAUUACUGUUUUUAAUAAAGAGUUGUUCCAUCUAUGUUCAUUCAUUCAAUA